AUGGGUGGCACCAGCUACCGCCAUGUCCGUUCGGCACUGACCUCUCGCGAUCAUGAAGGAGAAUGGAUCAAAAUCAGCGGAUGCGUGCAGGAGUUUGUGCUUCCGGUUGUCAAGCAAACCAAAUAUCUUGGCACCUUGAUUAGCUAUCAGCAGUUUGAACUUGCCACCACCAGACACAGACUGAGCCUUGCCAAACUUGCCUUCAACCGCCUGAAGCGCUGGCUCACCGCCAGACGGGGUCUUGCCGCAGAAGCACGCAUGCGAUUGUGGACCACAUGUGUACUCCCAAUUUUGACAUAUGGCAUUUUCACUGUCGGCCUCACCAAAACCUGUUUGCAGCUGCUGCAGCAGACCAUGUUUUCGAUGCUGAGACAAGUUCAUCAUGAUCAUGCCUUUGCCACAGGUAGGACACAUGCAGAUGCACUGACUUUUCAUAACCUUGACUCCCCGCUGCGGUUGCUAUGGAGAGCUGCUGACUCUCUGCAUCGGUCUGUUACCAAGCCCCCCUUGUAUCGGCAUGCAGAUGAUCUGAGCACUCAACUGGAUUGGACACCCUUGCAGAGCAUGAAGGAUUUGAUCCAGCAUGAACUUGACCUAGGUUUGGUAGUCCACGGACCUGUGAUGCCGGGAGACGAGGCUGUUUGGCCAUUUGAGCAUCGAUGCCCACAUUGUGAGUUUUCCUCUGUUCAUUUGCCUGUUUUGCGACGCCACUUGACAGUUGAACAUGGCAUCACUCGAUAUCGCCAACAUGUUCCAGAUCCUUCCCAUUAUAUGCAUCAUGGUUUACCACAAUGCACCCUGUGUCAUGCUGCAUUCACAACAUGGAGAUCCUUUCAUAUUCAUGUGCAACGGGGAUGCCAGGCUGACACUGUGGCACUGCGCACUGCCCGACCUGUGGCACCAUUUCCUGAGCAAUCAAUGAGCCAGCCUGUCACUCGGACUGCCGAUACCCAGCCAGCUGGAUCAACUCUGAAGUUGACCAAGCAUGAGAUGGAUGCGAUUCACCGUCAUGAGUUUGGACCUCGUUUGCUGACCCUAAUUCAUCAACGUCGAUGGCCUGACCUGCUGAGAGAACGGGCUGGUUGCUCAUACCUGUCCAGACACUGCCUGCUUUGCGGUCAGUACGUUGGUAGAGCCCAGGCAAUGCAUCAACAUGUGAGAAUGAUGCACAAUGCAUAUAGCUCCCUGGUGCAGACGAAGGCAACCCAGUUGACCAACUUGCAUAGCGAUGAAACACCAUGCUCUGCCUGCGGAGUGACAUUCAUUUCGUCACACUCUUGCAAUGUCUGGUUUCAGGUAGCCUUGUUGAUCGUGCAUGGCCCUAAACCCACGCAUGGUGUUGUGGAAUCGCCUCCUGAUGGGCUAAAAUGUGAAAUCUGUGGCAAACAAUGUGCCACGACUCAGGAGAUGCACCGCCACUUGCAACAGGAUCACAAGCUGGUGAGCUCAGUUUGGCACGAGAGCCGUGAUAGCUUUCAGGGUGAACCGGUGUGCAAUCACUGCCACAUGCUUUUCCAGACGAUGGAAGGCCUUCGAAGCCACAUCAACCAGGGGCGCUGCUUGCAAUAUGACCCUGAUGCUUCUACAAUGCCUUCAGCAGUACUGAGCACCUGGACAUCAGCUUGCUGCAAUGGGCAAUUUGAGUCCAUCUUGUUGGACUCCCGCAACAGGAUGAGAUUGACACUGCAUUGCCAAUGCUGUCCCAAAAGAUGCACUCGAUCUGCGGACCUGUCGGCCCACUUGCAAAGCUCUCACUCCAGCCUUUGGAAUGAGGCCAAACCGUUGGUUCACUACAUGGUCCAGAGGUACUACAAGACCUUGGGCUGCAUUUGCAACCCGUCUUGCAAUGUGGUUCGACUGCAACACAUAUGCAUGCCAUUUUGGCAACUGGCAAUGCAAUUCCACCGGCUUCCCAUGGCCAUUUUCAUGCCGGCCAAGCUGACCAUGACCGAACUUGCCAGGGCUCUCCCACAGCACAUUCCUGCUGAUUUGCGCUGCACAGUGGAACAGGCUCUUUUGCGGUACGACCUUGGGACGCUCUGGACAGAUGCCUUGCUUUUGGAUGCCUGCAGCAGCACUUGCUUCUUUUGUGGCAUUGACCUGCUGGCGAUGGAUCUAUUCUAUCAUUUGCAUGAGGCACACCAGGGAAUGCAUCCGGUUGUCAAGACAUAUGUUGCACAACUGCUUCAACACGCCAUGGAUCACAGUGACAAUGAUUAUUGGCAGAUGGGCCAAGAGGGAGCCUUGAGCCAGAUGCUGCAGACCUUCCAAAACCUGGCGCCGAUGCUGGACACAGGGCUGAAGCUUUCUCCCAACCCAGCGGCACCCAAACGACAACGCAGACAGGACGGGGCCAUAAAGCCAAAAGAAGAAAGCUCUCAGCAGGGGCACGGGCAAGACGCCCAUCUCGACCAACAAAAACUGCUGAUCCUGAUGGCCAAGCUGCUGCUUCGGGUGGACCGAGACUUGCAGGUGAUCCACCGAGAGACAACAUUCAUCUUCUACUUCAGCUGCAAGGAUCCAAAGGGCGUUCUCCCAUUGAUGCUGCAAGAGGCGGAGACCUGGCAUCAAGCAUCCACGGAGAAUGCAUCAACGUGGAAGAGACCCCUGCGCCAGGUUUUGCUCCAGACCUUGCUCACAGCGCUGACGACUCGGGUCCACAAGCUUCUGGAGGCCCCGGAGGACUCCCCACUGAUGGAGGCGGCCAAGAGCUCCAGGAUUCUCUUGGAGAACAAGACCAUACCAUUCAUGGAAUGGAACCCGCAGGAACAGAAGCUCCAGGUCUCACAGAAGACGCCCGUCAGUCUGGCCAAAAUGAGCGAGCACUGUCUGGAACUCCAGGAUGGCUUCAAGGAUCCAACCUUGAUUCAGAAGUUCCACUCACUGCCGGCGAAACCGGACUCAGCAGUGACACCAUGGAGACUUCAGAUGUCAUCCCGGGAGGCCAGGACCUACGAACUCAUGCUCCAUCUUGCGUACUCCCAGGUUUGGACGCUCUUGGCCACCAGUCUCAAGCAGCACAACCUGUACCAGAGUUCCCUGGCGGCCACCAUCGAGCAGAAUCUGGGACUCCGCCCCAAGGAUCUCAUGCGUUGCUGGGGACGAGAUGCGAUUGGACAGAUGUCCUCUUCAAUUUCUCAACAGGACUCUUCGGAGUUUGUUCAAGUUUGGCUGAAUGAGCUACAGUCUUCUGCCUUCCAAAUGCAGUGGGAAAAGCGGAUGACAGUGACAGAAUAUACUCAUAUGCUUGAUUUUAGCCAUGAACCAUAUGCUCCGAUUUGCUUGAAAUUUGAUGAAACCCAGAUUCUCUUGCCACAUUGCUCCAUGAAUUCACUGAUCGGCACCUGGCAGCAGGUGGAUGGGAUGCACACGGCUCUGCUCCAUCCGACCACCUGUAUCUGCGUUCACGUGGACAGAUGCGUGAUGGGCCCGGACAUGACAGUUCACAAGUGCCUUAGCAGGCUUCAACUUGAUGAAGAGUGUUUUUUUCCGGUCUUUGCAGAUGGGACGAUUCAGAGUGACUUUCAUGCCUAUACUGUUAUUGCGGCAAUGGCUCAUUUGGGACAUGAUGGCUCAGGGCAUUACAGGGCUGCUUUGCGUCUUCGCCCUAUGGUCCAAAAUCACACAAAUCCCAUUCAAUGGCUGGUCACAGAUGACUGGCGUGCACCGGAGGCGGUCUGGACCCUCCAAGAUUGGUUGCUUGAGAAUGUGACGAUGGUUUGGCUGGCGCGAUCAGAUUCCAUUCGACUGCCUUUUUACCGACAGGACAUGCAGCAGCCUCGAACAUCAGCCGGAGCUGACUUCGAUGCUGAGGCUCUUCAUCAACUUACGGAAGCGAAACAUCAUGACAAAGCGCUGCAAUUGGGCUCCGGCCCUGAGAAUCCCAGCCGACCACAUCGCGUUUACAGCAAUGUACAGAAACGGAGCUACAAGAGAGCUUUUCGCAGGGCAUUGAUGACAGGGAGCGCCUGGUACCGCGGCAGGUGCCUGACUCCAGAGCAAUUUGCCCCUGGCAUAUCACCACCUGUGACCACUGGAGGGGAUCCACCUUUGAAAUCCACUCCAUCUGCACAUACACCGAGAUGUCGCAUGCAAAUUGGUCAUGUAAAUGUUGGUGGAUUAGCCACCGAAAAGCUCCAUGAGAUAAAACUAUGGGCAGAACGUUCUGCCCUGGACAUUCUCCUGCUCAGUGAAACGCGCUGGAAUUUUGAAAGUGAGUGGACUGAUGCCUCCUGGUAUCAUCUCCAUACUGGAACAGCUACUGACAAGGCGGACGGCCUUCUGUUCCUUAUCAAGAGGAAGCUCUGCAGUUCCGAUCAAAUCAGCUUCACAGCACCGCUGCCUGGCCGGAUCGGCCACCUGCGCUUGCACUUUAACAAGAGAUCAGCUGCAGACGAGCAUGGCAGCAGCAAGAUGAACAUUGGCACCAGUUUCAUGCAAGUUUCACUCAAAGUUUUGCUGAUUUCACUGCACAGCCUCAUGAAGCUCCCAGACGGCACUCCAGCAAAUGCCACGGAAGUCAUGCAGAUGACACGAGAUGCACCCGCUGAUCAGCCCAUGGCCACAACUGGCUUUCAUGCGACAAAGAUCUACUUAUGCUGCCGCGCCGCCCCUGUUUUGUGGUCCAGUCACACUCUGCAUUUAUUUUACAAGCUGCGCGAUCUCAUCGAUGAAAAUUGGGUCAAGCAGGAUGACAUUGUCUGGACAAUCGACUGGACUCAACUCACAGCCCAGCUGCAAUUGAUUUACUGUACAUGGCAAGAACAACUUCAGGCCCUGCUGGCCAUACCAGCUGCAGAGGCUUUGAGCUCUCCUCACACCAUGACGGAGCCACUGGUGCCGGCUAUGCCUGCCGAGCAGGAGUAUCCAAAGCUUACACCUGCCAGGCUGACGUUAUUGAUGAGCAAACCAUAUGGUCACACUGCAUUGACACUGGUACAGGAACGCAACUGGGAAGCCUUGCAGCAACUCACUGCUGCCACCAUUGACUGGACUCACCAUUGUGUACUUUGUGGAGUGUAUUGCAAUCGACCGCAGGACCUGAACUUACACAUGAGAACGCAGCACCCGACACUGCUGCCACAUGUGAUGUCCAAGGCCAGUCAGUUAGGGAGAGCACAAGCGUCCAACUCUCCGUGCCGUUUUUGCCACAAGACUUUCCGCAGAGUUCAUCAAUGUCCCAUAAUGGUGCAGGCUGCCCUACUUUUGGUCAACACUGACAUGACGGGCACCUCAUAUUCCUGUCCAGGCGAUUCAGUUCUGCGUUGCGAUGUUUGUGGUGAGCAGUUCCAGGAGAUACUCCAGUUGCACUGCCACUUGCAUGAACAGCACCGUCUAGAACCUCUAGACUGGGAACCUCUCAGGGACAUGUUAGCUGGAUCUGAACCCGUGUGCUCACACUGUCUUGCCAUUUUUGCAGAAAAAUCUGCGCUUCGUCAGCAUAUCACGCUGGGACAAUGUAUGAGUUUCAACCCUGCUCGACAGCCCACAGAGCUUUCCGUCACAGCAGAAUGGCAGGAGCUCAUCACAUCUGGGGACAUCGCACAGCUUCAUCAGGCACCCCAGAAAAGGAUGCACUUGACCCUGCGAUGCCAAUUCUGUCAGACAGCUUUCCAAAGAACUGGAGAUCUUUCACUUCAUCUUCAGACAGUUCAUAGCAAGCUAUGGGGGGAUGCUCAACCACAUGUCCAGUUGCUUAUCGAAGCCAGUCAACGCAUUGGAUGCCUUUGCAACCCAAUGACCAAUGCCAGUGGUCCCCAGCAUAUUUGCGUUGCCUACAGGCAGCUUGGAAUGAUGGUGCAGAAGAUGACCCUCCCCAUGUUCUUGCCUUGGACUUUGGAACGGACUCAUUUGCGACAGUUUUUGCAAGCUGUGAUUUCUGAACCUGCUGGCAAUCAUUUAUGUGAAAUGAUUCAUACCAGACAAUUUGCCAUGCUUUGGACAGAUCCCAUGCUUGUGCGCUUUCUGCGCACCAGAUGCCUUCUUUGUGGACUCCAACUUCACCCUGCGGAACUCACUGGACAUUUGCAUCGUGUUCACGCCUUAGAUCUGCCUGACCACCGCACACUGAUGCCUCAAUUGCUUCCUGCAGAAAUGAAACUGCUCAAGACCUGUCCUCCAGAUCAGUCUUGGCUCAGAUCCAUUUGCAACAUCAGUGCCCAGUGGUUCUGCAAUUGGCACUUCUCCUUCAAGAUCAUGGAGUACGACACACCAUUCACAGCCGAGGACUCCGAAAUGUUGGAAACUUUCAAGCAAAUGAGCCCUCUGUUGAUACAGGAACGGUACGACAGACCAGAAGGAGACAGAAGCCACAAGAAACACAAGCCGGCAACACGUCAACCCGCAGAGUCCAAAGGCGAUACCACUCGCCUGUUAGAGGCGAUGGGUCAGCUCUUGCUGAAAGUGGAUGCCGAGCAACAAGCGCUGAAGCGACAAGACUCAUGGAUCUGCUUCAUGCAAGCCGAGUCACAGGCCAUCCUCCCUGCCCUGGUCCCGAAGGCGGCAGAAUGGAAGCAGAAGCUCAUGGUGAAACAAGAAGCGUCAGAUCAGCCAGCCCUUCCGCUACGGUGCCUUCUGACCCAGCACAUGGCCGAGACGCUUCAUCACAGGUUGACCAAACUGGCCCAAUGCAGCAACGAAGAUCCUCUGAAGAAGGUGGCAUUGGAGCAAGGCCUCCUGACUCCAGAAGGCCACUUUCCAUUUCAACGAUGGAAUGCCCAUGCCCAGAGUCUUCGAACCACGAGCCAAGCGCCCAUCUCUCUGCCGAGGAUGGUGAAAUACUCCGAGCAGCUGAUCGACAUCUUGAAAGACACCACUGCGACAGUGAAGUUCCACAGUCUACGACCGAUGUCGUCAGAGGCAGUGGUGCCCUGGCUUUGGCAGAUUUCGAUGCGAUCCGACGAUCUCCAAGUCCUGCUGACCACAUUGCAGGGGAGUACGGUAUGGACCCUCCUAGGCAUGUCGAUGAAGCCUCACGCCCUGUACCAAAGCAAACAGGGACAACAACUUCAGGCGCUGCUUGGGAAGGGUCACGGCAAGACUCAGGGCAAAGAACUCCUCUUAGAGGGUCAUCAAGCUGCAGAUGUUCAGCUUACCAGUGUAGAUCUGCCUGCGCGUGAAGUUCUCCUGGAGAGACUGUCCACUCUCCGGCUGGCAAAUGAUGCCAACUGGUGCUAUGUCAAUGCGGCUGUCCUGACAAUGCUGUGGUCUUUCUUGAGCAUCAGCACGUUCACACUAGAACAUUGGGGUUCACAUGCCACCCAGAUUGUGCAAAUGUUGAUGCAACAUGACAAUGAACCUGUGGAACUGUCCAGAAUUGCUUUUCUUCAACCCAUUUUUACCCAAUGGCAGAAUUUGGGCAAUCAGGGUGAUCCGGUGGAAUUUCUGGCACAUAUGAUGCGGGGUCUUUGCUUUACUGGCAUCAACUUGAGCUGGGAAAAACGUGUGCAGAUUGGCCUUCUGACAGAGGUUGUUGAUGAGAGUGAUGCUCACACUCCCUUGAUACUCAAGUUUGAUCCUGCGAUGUUGCAAGAUGAUUCCCUCACGCUGUGUCAGAUGAUUCGAGAUUGGUCCAAUCAGGAUGGCAUGAUGACGGCCUUGACCCAUCAUUCCCCGUUGGUAU